CAAACUCCGGUGGGGUCAAGCAAGUGCGCAUGCGCGUUAACGUCUGCGUCAGUAACGACAUGGAUUCAGAGGAGUGUGCUGCGGACGUAAACAAUCCCCCUGCAGAUAUUCCCUGCCAGCAGCAUGGACAAAAUAUGCAUGAUUCAGAGGCUAGCAGACCAUGCACAGAUCCUGAUAAUGAUGAAAGACCAUUUAGUAACACUCAGGAUUCAAGUGUGCAGCCACUCAUAGACAGAUCUGAGACUUUACAACUGGAGUUUCAGAAUAGCCAGUUGUCACCUGCACUUACCCUGCAUCCCUGUCUGGACAAAUCUCACCUUCUUUCUGACUCCACAUUUUAUCAGCAUUCAGAUGCAGAAUUUGUCCCUCUUCGGGGAUUUCCUGACUUCUCAGUGAUGACUGAGAGAUGCCCCAGGACUUCAAAUGUAGCUGUUACUGAUGAUCCCCACCUCCAAAAUACUGUUCUUGACCAGGCUGUGCUUUCCCAGCAUCCGUUGGAGGCACCAACAGUCCUCUCAGAGGGUGAAAAUAGCUGCUGUUCACUCUCCCAGCACAGCCUGUCACCUGGAGACCAUUGCAAAGAGCGUGAAGAUCAACGGAGCAUUUCAUAUGGUGCUGAGGACAAAAUCAUCAGACAUAUGGAAGGAGAGGAGCAGACCACUGCUCAGCAGCUUAGUGAUGGAAUGUCUACUCGGCACUUGGUAGUGUCCAGGGAAGAGGAUGUUAGUGACAACAGUACCAUUUCCUCCACCUCUGAAUUUGCCACACUUCACCAAAACAUAGAUAAAAUCCAAUUAGAUACUUUCGUGAAUCUUCAAAAAGGCAGAGAGCAGCCCCAAGGGGACUCUUUGUCAUUAUCAUCUUCAUUUCGAAAGGCUGCAGAUGUUUCAAAUAUAACUUUUCGUGAUUCACGGAUACUUUCACAUCAAACAAAUGAUCAUCUUCAUGAUCAUCUGUCUGCAGGACAGAGAGGCUCAAUCUCAGCUCCUGCAAGCAGGCACCAUAGUGGGAACAAAAGCUCUCUUAGUGGACUGUGUGCCACACCAGCUGGUGAAGGUUUAAUGCGCGUACAAGAUCUACAGAAAGUGCUCUGUAGCUCUGGUCAUCUAACAGCAGCAGAUGGUUCAUUCUUGAGCUCUCAGCCUGUGUCUCAGUCCACACCUGCACUACCUCUCAUGAGACCCCCACCAUCAUUGACCAAACUCUCACUCAUACACUCCAAACAAGAGGCUGCUGCUUCUGCGGCUACAUCCUCCCAAAACAGCCAAUGCAAAAGUGGCUUAAUUCCAUCGUUGGACUUAAGCGAUCAACGUUCCUCUCCCAUUCACUCUCAAACAACAGCUACAGUUCCUUUAGAACCUUCAGAGACUGUGCAAACAAUGUCACAUGCCCAUCCCAUUUCAAACAAACAAGUUCCUCGUCCUAUUUUAAAUGCAUCUCACCCCGAUACUCAACUUUUUUUCUCUAGUGCUCGAGAUCAGGUUCCUCUUUUGGCCCUUGGGAGAGUACAUUCUCUUCCCAGUCUGAACUACUUACAAAAAGUGGAUGCCUGGAAAGCCAAUCAAAGUUCUAGCAGGUCGUUUUAUGAUAAUUUGGCACAACAAGGGUUUGAUGGUGUUUCUCCCAAGAAAAAAGCAAAGGAUGUUGUGUCUGAAGAACUUAACCACAUGCUCUCUCGAGAUACACAUCUGACAUUUGGUACUAAUUUCAGCUCCCAGAUGACUCAGCCACUUUCCUCUUCUCAUUCUGGAAGUGGCUCACCUCGUCGGGUGGAUGUAGUCGGGAUGGGUGCGUGCAGAGGACAAGCAACUGAGUCGCCUGUCAAUCGCUCACACUCUCACUCCUCACUGAGCUCUGUGGUGACAUCUAUUCAGAGAGACACCGUUCCACACAAUCAGCAAGUUCCAGUGGCACAAUCUAUUAACAUCAUUCCAGCUACCAGUACAUUGGACUAUCAGUCGUCCUUCAGUUCAGGUGGAAGGUGUGAAGGAAAGAAUAUCUCAGCUCCUCAAAUUGAUAAAAGCUCAGUGAAGAUGUCUCAUAUGCCCAGUUUGGGGCACUUCAGUGAUGUGUCAUCAAGCUUUAACAUGAGCAGCACUCUUUCAAGCUCUCAAGGCAGUUGCCGUGAUGAACAGAGUAUGCGAGCAUCAGUGGGAGCCAACUCUUCGGUAGUGAGUCUUGAAGUAGAUAAUUAUGCACCGUACUGGACCUCCAGACCUGCAUCCCCUCCUCACACUAGAGAACUCAACAUUGAGGACAGGAUCCCUUUGUAUCUCUUAAAUUUGGGUAUCGAUCAGUCACCUUCAACAAUCUUAAAUCCAUUUACUCGUCGAGGACCGAUCAGAGAGCCUGAAUUCUCUCCUACUGACUUAUGUACCAUCAAAGGCUCCAUAGGAACACCAACUAAAAGCACACAGCCAUCUGAAGUUGACAGUCUUCAGAAGGAGACAUUCUCCAGUUCUAGUCAGCUCUCAGCUGACUCCAGUGCUUCUGUCACACAACGAUUGUCAAAGCAUGUGCAAGGCCAACCAGCCAGUGACAGAACUGUAAGGAAGAUGUUCAGCCAGGCGGAUACUCAACCAAUUCUUCAUUCAACUUUACAUCCUUCAUCAAGCCAUCAAAGUGAAGGAAGCUCUGGCCUUCCUAGCUCAGAAUCCGUGCCUCCUCCAGGUCCCAGAGAGGUGGUGAAGGAGGAGGAUGACUCUUUUGUAGGCUCUGGAACACUGCAUGAAAUCAGACGUCUGCUGGGCCGGGCAGAAAGCUUGGUUUCUGGUAGAUCUUCUCUGACAUCUUCUCCUUGCUCACACCGCCUCUCAGAAAGUGACACAUCCCUUGUUUCGUUAGGACGGAAAAUUAAAAGUUAUCAUGAUGACACAUCUCUGUCAGCUGGUGGGAAUCUUUCUUUGAUGCUGACACGCUCUUCAUCAGAUUCGGUUUUGAAAGGAAGCUUGUCAUCCUCCCAAAUGCCUCAACAGAUUGACCACACAACUAUAGAGCCUACCACUCUCUCUUUUAGCAGAGAGGAAAGUUUGAAGUCACGUGACCUCUGUGUGACCCCAAGGCGGGCUGAACCUGAAGGCUGCAGUGCUGCAGACCCAGACAAGGCAAAGCCACCUACAGUCACAUCUGCCCUGCAGAUAGUUGUUCCUUCGAUAGCAGAAACCCAGGACCAGACUGAGGAUGCUCUGAUUGGCUUUUCUGAGAAUAAUUCGUCUCAAGUCUCAGUUGAGGUUGAGAGUAUGAGUGACAGUAGCAGCGAGAGCUCAUUGGCUGCCAGAGUUGCCAAGCUCCUGCAGAGUGAGUCACCCGUUUCAAUGGUUACAAGCCGUCCAAGCACCAGUGAUCCAGAAGAUAGCCGAGCACGAGAAUGGAUCCUGAUGAAGGUUUCUGGACGCCAGUGUGAAAGCUUAGAACUAAAUGCUGAGGACAGAGAGAGAAUUGAAGACAUCAAAAGAGAGCUUCUACUCAACACCAAAUACACCAAGUGGAGCUCAGAUUCUGAGGGCAGUGCUCAGUCAAGUGUUGGUCCUGAAUCUCAGCUAACAAAGGGUGGAGGUGGACUACGUAACAUGGAGAAUCAUUAUUCAGAUCAGCCGCUGAUAGUCAAUCCAAAACCGUUGGACACAGUUCCUCUUUACAUUCCUAUCCAGCAGGAUCUAGAGGCCAAAGUUCGCCAGAUUGCCCUUAGAGAGGCGCUCAGUUCACAGACUUUUUCUUCUGUUACUAUAUCUACCACUCGCCGCACUCCAUCUCCACAGCCACCAUCACAUUGCCCUAUUAGUGCUACUGAGGAAUUGAACAGUGUUAGUCCUGACCAUGUGACUUCAGAGAGCAUUAGCCAAAUGAGACUUCAUCAAACUGUUAUACCCAAUGAAUCUGGAAUAGAAAAAGAGACGCUGAGAGAAGAACAACAGAGAGAUGAGAAUAACAGAGAAGUAAUGCCGGAUGACAACAAAGAGAACAUUGUUACAAAACAUUCCCUAAGAAUCCAAAGAAUACCUCAUAUGGACUAUCAUGUCACUGGCAGUAACCAGAUAUUAUUCAGUGCUGCAUCAGAUUCAGACUUUGACAAGAAGCCCCAUCUCUCUCAAAUGCACUUCACCUUAUCGCCCAAAUCGAAAAAGCAGUCCAAUCCAAACUGCUUAAGCAGACUAUCCAGUGAACACUCCAGUAAAGAUGUCCAGUCUCCAGUGGUGUCAGGCAUGAAUGAUCAACAUCUGCAUUCCUUUCAGCAAAUUUCAAAAUCAGAUCCUGCCAGAUCAUAUGAACACAGAGAGUCAGUUCAAGGCCAGAAUGCUGGAAGUGUCAGUGCACACUUACAGGCCAGAUUCCCACAAACUUUUGCUCCCUCUCAGAGGCUUCCUGGGACAUCCAGAUCUCUCUCUGCCCAAGCAGCUGUCCCUUCCCUGUUGCCAUACAAACCUCAUGGAAGCUCUGAGCUGUUCUACGUCCCGCAGGCUGAUCCAGAGCUUUCUCCUGGUCGCUCUGACACCACUGUAGAAAGCUCGCACCCAGGUUCUGACGAUGCUGUCCCUCCAAACUUUAAUACAGACAUUUUAGGCUCUAGAGAGCUAGAAGACAACAUAAUUACACCAAAACACAAGGAAGGCAUCUACAGUAAGAGGGCCAAUAUGAAGAGAGUUUCCAGUGUGUCUGAAAAUGGUCUCCUAGAAUCAGUAGCCACAUUUGCUGACCAGAAUGACAAUACUGCUCCUGAAGCUCAUGUUCUUGAGAAGAACAUUGAUACUGUUGGCAUAGAUGAUGAGUAUAGAGAUGAAGAAGAAAAUUUUGUCCCCUUGCCCAUGGAGGCAGACUACAGUACAGAUGACGUGCAUCUGCACACUAACACUAUUCAAGAGCCCAAAUUACCACUUGAACCACAUUAUUUACCUUCUCAGCCAAUCAGAAAGUCCUACAGGGGUGACAAGAAAAAGGAGGACAGAACACCUCAUGAUGUUAGCAUAGAGAUUAGCAGCUCUCUGGACCAGCUGUGGCGGCGCUUCAGUGAAAAAUGGAGCAUGGAAGAGACAAGACCAACUGAUAAAGGAGAAACGUCUCUGCUUGAUAGACUGGAGCGUCUGUCUCGUCUCAUUCACAACACUACUCCAACAGACCUAACUAUACAACAGUCACACAGCAGGAAAGGAGGGUGUUACAGGAGGAGUGAUCAAGAGGAUGGGACCACAGAGGGAGAAGAGCAAAGAGAAGGAGUUCAGUUAGACAUGGCUCCACAACAAGCUUGGACUGAGCAUGAGGCGAGUCAGGACAGAGUGCAUCGCUGUCCUGCUGAGAGAGAUGAGUCUGCGAGUGUGGAGACGAGCAGUAGCCUGUCCACCGUUGACACAGAGCGGCUGCUGCAAGCUUUUGGACGUCACCGGGUCACCAGUAAGGCACUGAAAAGCAGUGACAGCAUGCUUAAACCUGGCAGAAGGAAACCCCGUACUAAACAUGUUGCCGUCUCUGUUGCUACCGAUGAUAUGAGCACUGAUGACUCCACAGUCUCUGCUGAUUCAUUGUCAUCUUCAAGCGCUUUAUCCCCUCAUUCUCAAAGAGGUCUUUCCCAAAACCUCAAUUCCAAAAGGUCAAAGGUCAAACUGGUCAGCAAAGGUGUGCAGGCAGGUGAUUUGGAAAUUGUUAUAAAUGGCACCCGCAGACACACUCGGGACGUAGGCACCAUCUUUCCCUCACCAGGUGCUUUCAAAAAUGUCCGUUCAUCGAUCACAUUUGGCAGAAGCAUACAGAGUGGCUUUCCCAUCCCCACUGCUUCCACAUCUAAACCCACCCAAACCCUGACUUCUCUGAAGAAAGACACCAGUAACAAGAGCAUCCGAACUCGCUACCCGAACGGUGUCUCAUGGUUCGUCGCAGCUGAUGAGCUUAAGUGUGAUGGUCGCAAGGAAAACCAGCCACAGACCGAAUCAACACCUUGCCCAAGCCAAGUCUGGUUUCAGCCUUACACUAGAACCAGACCCUGGAGAGAAAUGACUAGAGAACCACUGAGAGAGCGACAGAACCAACAAGAACAAGAGAGACCAACAGAGGCAUUAACAGCUACAGAGACGGAUGUCAGUGACAAACCCUCAGAUCUUGUUCGACUUUCACUGCAGGAAGCUCUGGAGCUCCAUCGGCCAGAGUUUGUAUCUCGCUCAAGGGAGCGGAUGAAGCGUCUGGGCUUUCUGGUGGAGGAGAGGAGGUUACAGGCAGUCUUCAACAGAGAGAGAGAAGAGCUCUUCAACUGCCCCGCACCAUCACGUCCAUAUAGACCAGCAGCUCCAGUACCACGUAAACGAGUUGUUCCAAGAAGAGAGAUGAUCCAAAGAUCCAAAGAUUGGGUAGGGAGGAAAUCACACAGUCAGAGAAUAGUCAGGACAGACAGACUCAAGAGGAAAUAUGCUCAACUUCCUGAGGUCCAGAGGAGAAGGGAAGAGGAAAGGAGACAGGCAGAGCACCGCUCGUACCGCCUAAACGCUCAACUCUUUAACAAGAAAGUCACCAAUCGAGUUUUAGGAAGGAGAGCACCCUGGCAGUGAUCCAGAAAGCCUUACUGUUCUUUGAAUGUGACAGGUCCUGUGGGUGUUUUUAUAUGGGGUGAUAUUUUAUAAUGGUUCUCUUUUGCAAGUGUUGUUAGGUAUAUGUGUGCGUUCGGGUUUUAGAUGUGAGAUUUUAACCAAUUGUGAUCGUGUCUUAUUUAUGGAGUUGCAGUGUUGGAUUGUUUUAUUAUGACUAUUAUAAUUACAAAAUUAUUUUUUACUAUGUCUGUCUUUGCUCAGUUUGAGCAAUAUUUUUAUGAGCUGAAUAAAUAAGCAGGUAUUUGUAAGAGA